AUGGGGCGCGCGCCGUGCUGCGAGAAGAGCGGGCUGAAGAAGGGGCCGUGGACGCCCGAGGAGGACGAGAAGCUCAUCGCCUACAUCAAGAAGCACGGCCAGGGCAACUGGCGCACCCUCCCCAAGAAUGCCGGGCUGGCACGGUGCGGGAAGAGCUGUCGGCUGCGGUGGACUAACUACCUUAGGCCGGACAUCAAGCGCGGCCGCUUCUCCUUCGAGGAGGAGGAGACCAUCAUCCAGCUCCACAGCAUCCUCGGCAACAAGUGGUCAGCGAUCGCGGCGCGGCUGCCCGGGCGGACGGACAACGAGAUCAAGAACUACUGGAACACGCACAUCCGCAAGCGCCUGCUGCGCAUGGGCAUCGACCCCGUCACCCACGCGCCGCGCCUCGACCUCCUCGACCUCUCCGCGCUCCUCAAGCCCGCCGCCGCCGCCUACUACCCCACGCAGGCCGACCUCGACACGCUCCGCGCCUUGGAGCCGCUCGCCAACUACCCGGACCUCCUCCGCCUCGCCUCCACCCUGCUCUCCUCCGGCCCGGCCGCGCCCGCGAUCGGCGACCACCAGAACCAGCUCCUGCCGUGGAUUCUGCAGGCGCAGAUGGCGCAGCAGGCGGCCGUUGCCAUGGCGCAACAGGUGGCGCCGCCGCCGCCGCAGGCCGAACACUUCAUGCAGCAGCAGGGCGGAGCCACGUGCCAAAUAAUGCCGGACCUGGUCCACGCGAACUCGAACCCGACGGUGCAGCAGCAGCUCGCGGCCGCGCAACACCAGCCCCAGGACAUGGCCGCGGCGGCUUGCCACAGCAUGCAGCCGCCUUCGGGCUACGAGGUCGACAGCCUGGACGUCCCGGCGCUGAUGCAGAUGGUGCAGCAGCCCGACGCGUCGAACCUGCAGCAGUGGAGCAGCACGGUGACAAGCAGCAGCAACAACAACAACGUCGGCUCCGGCGUGUCCACACCGUCGUCCAGCCCGGUGGCGCGGUUGAAUCACUCCACCACCUCCACCGCCACGACGUACGGCGGCGCGGGCGCGAGCGCGAGCACGAGCAACGACGCCGCCGCCGCCGCGCUGUUCUACAUGCAGCUGUCUGAGCUCCUUGACGUGAGCGACUACAUGUAA